AUGGCCUUUACUGCCUACUCGGACAUCCUGUCAGGGGGUGGUUCCCUCAUCGGUGGCACGAAGGCCAUUCAGGACUACUCCAAGUUCAUGUGCUUCCUCCCAGUGCACCAGGCCUCCCUACUGGACCUUGAGCAGCUCUUCCCUCAGCUGCGGGUGCACAUCGUGCAGAAGACCCAGCAGAUCCUGGACGCCUACGAGCGCCUUCCUCGGCCGACCGCGCCCCCGGGCCGAACGGCGCUGUUGGCGAAGGGCCGCGAGCUGCUGCAGAAGCUGGAUCAGACAGCGUCUUCCUGCCACUCUGCCAAAGAGGCUCUAAGGGCUGUCACGCCCCAGGCCACGCUCAAGGAGUUCAAUCGCUGGAGGGAGACAGACCUGCGCUGGCGACAGUUCGCUAGGCUCCACCUGGCUGCCCGGGCGCUCUUCUCCCCGGAGCAGCUGCGGGCCCUCGAGGUCGGCACAGUGGCUGACUCGCUCAUGAGGGGUACGCCUCAGUUCGCACUCGAGGGCCCGAGUGCGGGCACUCGUGGGUCUCCGGACCUGGACCGCCAGCGCGUCGAGCCCCGCAGCGAGGUGGGUUUAGCGCGCUUCGUGGAUGAGGACACGCGCCUGCACCAGGCCGCUUGCGGCCUGGCGCUGCUGGGCGAGACGGCCUGGCGAAGGGCCUGGGUGGCCGCUUCGAUGGUGAAUGACACUGCCAAGAACUUGAUCCCUCAGGACGCCGUGUCGGACAUCGCUCCCCUGGGCUACGCGAAGGUCUCGCGCCUGGUCGAGGCCUUCAUCCAGGCGGCGGGAGUAGGUACAUCGAAGCUGGUGCCUCGUACAGUUGCAGGGGUAUCGAGCAUGGAUUGGGUCGUUCUGGAUGACCAGGGACAGGCGAUCGAGACAUGGACCGUCCCGGCCCGCCUUCCAGAAGAGUAG